AUGCCCAGGACAACGUCGGUGACUCCUGGUAAUUUGUCACUCAAUGGGACGAGCUUCUCGACUGAGCAUCACAGCAUUGUGGACAAGCCCAGUGAGCAGAGAACUUGGAAUGUCUUUCUGUUCUGCUUGACUUUUGCCAUUGCACUCCCAGCCCUUCUGGGCAGCAUUUAUUCACUAGUUUCCCUGCUGAAACUGCAGACCAAGAGCACGAUUUCAAUGAUUGUGACCUCUUUGGCAGCAGAUGAUCUGAUCAGCAUCGUGCCAGUGAUUAUUUUCAUGCUCAUGCAGUGGUCAAGCGAAGUCCUGCCCCAGCCUCUGUGCACCACCUCAGCGUUUUUGUACUUAUUCCAGGGCAUUUCUAGCAACCUGAAAGGGUCUCUUUUAGUUUCUUACAACUUCUACACCCUCAACACGCCCGGGACACUGAGCUGCAGCUCCUCCAAGCGCCGUGUGAGUGUGGUAUGGGCCAUCCUCAGCAUCUGGACUGCCAGCCUGCUGCUGUGCGCUUUGCCUCUCUGUGGCUGGGGCAGGUACAUCCCCACGUCCUGGGGCUGCUUUGCCGACUGUGCCAGCUCCUACAUCCUGUUGGUGUUGGUUGUGUACUCGCUGUGCUUCUCCCUCCUGGCCGUGCUGGCCGUUCCCGUCUCGCUGCAGCUGCUGUGCUCGGGGGAGCCCCAGCUGCUGCACACCGAGCGGGGCUCCGGGGGCUGCAGCUGCCCUGGGGCUCCGUGGGGCUGCGGGGCCCCUCCGCUGCCGCUGCCGGCCCCGGGGGACAGACCCCGGGAGCCUCGCCCGGCCUCGGAGGCGCUGUUGGGGAAGGGUGCGGCUGAGAGCAGCGCACGGAGCUGGAGCUCCACGGUGGGCUUGGCCCAGAAACGAUUCUCGCUGAUCCUGGCACUGACCAAAGUCCUUCUCUGGCUGCCGAUGAUGGUACAAAUGGCUGUCCAGUACGCUGCUGGGCUGCAGAGCCUUUCCUUUGAGGCUCUGAGCUUGCUGCUGACCAUGCUGGCUGCUGCAGUCACCCCCGUGUUUGUGCUGUCCCAGCACUGGCUCCACCUGCCCUGCGGCUGCGUCAUCAACUGCAGGAGGAGCUCCUAUGCAGUGUCUUCACCAGGGGCCAAAACCCAGCGUGGCGGUUUUGAGUUCGACCUGUCGUUCCAGCAGGGCUGUGGCAUCUACAGGAUAUCCCUGGAGAGCCCUCCCCAGGCCAGCAGGGACGGCAGAGCCUCGUCCCACCCCAGCCUGGUGGGCUCUGCCUGCGGGGAGCCGGGCAGAGGCAGGGACAGCCUGGGACAGACAGGGCCGGGGGCACCGGGACACGGCCCCCAAGGUGCCAGGGCUGGCCCAGGGCCCUGCCAGCAGCAGCAGGACAGCAGCCCUGCCCCAUUCCCUGAGGGAGCAGAGUGGAGGCUGUGCCACCAGGAGAGCCACGCGCCCGAGCUCUCAGACUGGGAGUGGUGCCGGAGCAGGUCCGAGAGGAACCCUCGGCAGCGCACGGGUGGAGCCCUGGCCGUGCCCCUCUGCGCCUUCCAGGGCACCGUGUCCCUGCAGGCUCCCGGCGGCAAAACGCUCUCCUUGUCCACGUACGAGGUGAGCUCGGAGGGGCAGCAGAUCGCGCCCACGGCCAAGAAGAUCGAGGUGUACCGCUCCAAGAGCGUCGGGCACGAGCCGAGCCCGGGCGAGCCCGGCUUCGCCGACACGAGCGUUAAGAUUCACCUGGAGGUGCUGGAGAUCUGCGACACCGCCGAGGCGCUGGACACCGUGUCCAUCGUCAGCAGCAUCAGCCAGUCCUCGGCGCACGCCCGCUCGCCCUCCCUGCGCUACUCCCGCAGGGAGAACCGGUUCGUGAGCUGCGAGCUGGGGGAAAGCGCCUCCUACUCCCUGCUGGUGCCGUCCAACAGCGACUUCAGCAUCUCCAUCCCGGACACGGUGGAGGCUCAUCGGCGCAACAGCCAGCAGCAGCACUCGGCCAGGGCUGGCUACCAGGAGGAGAUACAGCUGCUGAACAAAGCCUACCGAGAGCGGGAGGAGGCGGGCAGCGGCUGA